AAUGAUCGUUACCGUAUUUCUCCUUUUUGCGUGUGUUCUACAAUUUUCCAGCAAGUUCUAUUUUGUCUUUUACUUUUCACCGCCGAUAAUGCUAUGUAAUGAUAUUUCAUUUACAAAUCAUUCACCUGAUUUUAUGUUAUCACUCUCAUUUUUCAUAAUAAUUCUUCCGUUCUCUUCCUCUUGUAUUAAAUUUUACCUUCACUUCUCUCUUUCCUUACUCACGACUAAAGGUACUAAUUUAGCAUACCCGUUUUGUGAGCGCGAUUUAUAAUUUCACGUGUCGUUGUGAUAGAUAAAUUUAUAUUUAUCUCA